CUCUCUCUCUCUCUCUCUCUCUCUCUCUCUCCCCUCCUUAUAGGUAGCCCUUCCCCUUUAUAACGCUUACCUUCCCUUCCCAUUUCUUCAUAUCCUAGAACCCUUAAACUAGCUCUCUGCUCCUCCUCCUCAUAAACACAAAAUAUAGCUCGAGGAAACUCUCUCGUAGUAUCUCACGAAGUUUCAAAAAAAGCUCUUACAAAGGAAAGAAAAAAAAAAUUUAAAAACACCCAAAAAAGAAAAGGGUUUCCUGGAGAUUUUUCAUUCGGGCACAAGACGUUCAUAAACUUUAAUAAUUCAAAAAUGUCUAGCAGAAGGUCAAGGCAAGCAAGCGCUUCAAGGAUUAGCGAUGACCAGAUCAUCGAUCUCGUCUCCAAGCUCCGUCAGCUUCUACCUGAAAUCCGUCCCAACCGCCGUUCCGACAAGGUGUCGGCGUCGAAAGUGCUACAAGAGACCUGCAACUACAUCAGAAACUUGAACAGAGAAGUGGAUGAUCUUAGUGAGCGGCUGUCCCAGCUUCUGGAAACCAUUGAUGCCGACAGCCCCGAGGCAGCGAUCGUUAGGAGUCUAAUUAUGUAAUCGGAUACUCAUUAGUGUCGGUUUAAUUACGUAUUCGCUGCUUCUUUUUCGUUCUACUUUCAGAAAAUCGCUUGUGUGCUUCUUCAUUAUAAAGUAUCUUAGGCUUAA